AGCGGGCGGCGCGUAGGGCGGCGGGCGGGCGCGGGCCGAGGAGCUGCGGGCUUCACCCGCCUCUCUGCAGCUCGAGCCGCCGCCCCGGGGCGCUCCCGGGGCCCCGCAGGAGGCACCAUGAAAGUGAGGUCAGCCACUGGCGACGGAGAUGCGUUGUGUGUUACAGAAGAGGAUCUGGCUGGUGACGAAGAGGACAUGCCGACCUUCCCAUGCACACAAGAGGGCCGGCCAGGGCCCCGCUGCAGCCGCUGUCAGAAGAACCUGUCUUUGCACACAUCGGUGCGGAUUCUUUACCUCUUCCUGGCCCUGCUCCUGGUGGCCGUGGCUGUGCUAGCCUCUCUGGUUUUCAGGAAAGUGGACUCUCUCUCAGAAGACAUCUCCUUGGCCCAGGCCAUUUAUGACAAGAAGCUUAUGUCUAUGCAGGAAAAUCUCCAAGGACUGGAUCUGAAAGCCCCAAACAACUGUUCUUUCUGCCAUGAGGCUGGGCAGCUGGAGAAGGAGAUCAGAAAACUGCAGGAAGAGCUGGAGGGAAUUCAGAAGAUGCUUCUGGCCCAGGAGGUCCAGCUGGACCAGACCUCUCAGACCCAUGAGCUGCUCUCCACCACCAGCAGUCAAAUCUCCCAGGAGAUGGGCAAUUGUUCCUUCUCCAUCCACCAGGUCAACCAGUCCCUGGGGCUGUUUCUCGCCCAGGUGAGAGGCUGGCAGGCCACCACAGCUGGCCUGGACCUCUCUCUGAAGGACCUCACCCAGGACUGCUAUGAUGUCAAGGCUACAGUCCACCAGAUCAACUUCACUGUGGGGCAGACUUCAGAGUGGAUCCAUGGGAUCCGGCGAAAGACUGAUGAGGAGACCCUGACCCUCCAGAAGAUUGUCACCGACUGGCAAAACUACACCCGGCUCUUCAGCAACCUGCGCACCACCUCAGCCAAGACUGGAGAAGCCGUCAAGAACAUCCAGGCCAUCCUGGGGGUCUCCUCGCAACGCAUCAGUCAGAAUGCCGAGAGCAUGCAUGACCUGGUGCUGCAGGUCAUGGGCCUGCAGCUGCAGCUGGAUAACAUCUCGUCCUUCCUGGAUGACCACGAGGAGAAUAUGCACGAUCUGCAGUACCACACUCGCUAUGCCCAGAACCGCACGGUGGAGAGGUUCGAGACGCUAGAAGGACGCAUGGCUUCACAUGAGAUCGAGAUCGGCACCAUCUUCACCAACAUCAAUGCCACCGACAACCAUGUGCACAGCAUGCUCAAGUACCUGGAUGAUGUGAGGCUCUCUUGCACGCUAGGCUUCCACACACACGCCGAGGAGCUCUACUACCUGAACAAGUCCGUCUCCCUCAUGCUGGGCACCACGGACCUGCUCCGGGAGCGCUUCAGUCUGCUCAGUGCACGGCUGGACUUCAACGUCCGCAACCUCUCCAUGAUCGUGGAGGAGAUGAAGGCUGUGGACACGCAGCAUGGAGAAAUCCUUCGCAACGUCACCAUCCUUAGAGGUGCUCCUGGCCCUCCAGGACCAAGAGGACUCAAAGGAGACUUGGGCGUGAAAGGGCCCGUUGGCAGCAGAGGACCAAAAGGAGACCCAGGCAGCUUGGGCCCCCCAGGCCCCCAGGGUCCUCAGGGGCAACCUGGAGACCCAGGACCUGUGGGAGAAAGGGGGCCGGUUGGCCUUCGAGGUUUCCCAGGUCUCAAGGGAUCAAAGGGCAGCUAUGGAAGUGGAGGCGCAAGAGGACAGCCAGGCCCUAAGGGAGACGUGGGGCCCCCAGGGCCAGAGGGGCCCCCAGGGUCUCCAGGGCCCCCAGGGCCUCAGGGAAAACCAGGGAUUGCUGGGAAGACAGGGUCACCGGGCCAGCGGGGGCCUGUGGGGCUGAAGGGUGAACCAGGGAUUCAGGGGCCCCCUGGACUCCCAGGGCCCCCAGGCCCACCAGGAAGCCAGAGUCACUACUAAGGGCCCCAGUCCCAGACACUGCUACACAGAAUGCUGGGAAGGGCCUUGGGGCAGAGCCGGCCACCCAGAGAGCCACACCUACAGACACUUGUGGCCCUUUGAUCCCAAGGGGCUGCCUCCCGGCCUGCCCAUGCACCUCCGGGCCCCCCAGUACUGACUGUACCAUAGAAAGCAGCCCCUCACACACACACGCACACGUACACACAUUGCCCUGCUGGCCAGGGGGGCCAGCCGGGUUUCUCUGGCUGGGCAGGAAGAGACCCCCGUCUCCUGUGACUGAGCCUGCCAGGGAGGUGGCUACCUUGGGAGGAAGGUCUUGAGUCUGUUUCUGAAUUGCUGACCAACUCUGCUUUGCAGCAUCUUCAGAACCAACCUAGCCAGAAGUUGCCUUUGGUCAAAAAGACCCAGGAAAACCCGCAGGGGAUGUGGUUCGAACUCUAGGGACAAGGUGGCAUGUGACCACCCAAACACUCUCGUCACGACCAUGGGAAGAGUCCCAGGAGCUGCCCCUGCCUCACGCGGACAGAGUGACUCCAUGUGUGCCACCAUUCUCAGGCUCUGGGCCCGGUGCUCCCAGGAGCUCAGCAAUUUUUUUCACGUCUUCAAAAAAUUCCUCACUUCUUCAUCCUGGCCACCUUCUCUCAGGAGCAUCCAGGAGGAAAUGCAAGAAGGAGUCUCGUCUGCACAGGAAGGCUAUCUAGGCCCCAGAACAUUCUCCCAGAGUGGUGCCCAGCAGCUGGGACACUGGUGGAAGGGAGGCAGAGGCAAGUGUGAAGAGGCCGCGGUCACUGGGCCACAAGGGCCACCGGGAAGUUCCCCCAGCGAGGUGAAGGCCGCCCACAGGCUCAACUGGUUCCAAAGAUUCCGACCACCCAGGGCUGGGGGCCUGGAGCCGCCUCCUCCCUGGCCCCCUCCUCCUUCCCAAAGCCUUAAUGCCAGCUCCUCCUUCUAACAGGUGUGCAACUGGUUUGCACUCCCACCUGUCCUCCCCCUCCCCCGCCACCACUGCCAUGUAAUUCUGUUGACAUGAUAUCAUGCGACAUAGUAGUAAUGACUCAGUAAAGAGCUAUUUCCAGGAGGGAGGUGUCUUCUGGUCCUUUUGGCCCAGCCAGGGGCAUAGCUUAGCCUUUUGGGGUUCUGCUCGCCUGGCCUUUGACGGGGAACCAGUGGACGAGGGGUCCCCUGGAUACUCACUGUGGAGUUUGGGGCUAACCCUCUGGCCCUCGAUCUAGAAACACUGAGCCCUGCCAGGAACUCACAGUGGUCUUGUCAGGGCCAGGGACCAAGAGCAGGAGAGGGAAUUCCCCUUCAGGAGCAGGAGCCCGGGGAGAAACAAGGUGAGCUUUCUUAUUGUUGCAGCAGGAUAAAACGGGUCCCGGACACCUGAGGGGUCCCUUCCCGAGGCUGCCUCUAAGACGAGCAGAUAAAAGGGAAAAGGAGGAAGAGACCAGGCUAGAUCCUCCCCCACAAGGCCUGGCUCUCCAGGAUCCAGCAGAGGACAGCUGGGGACCCCCCUCCGUGAAUCAGCCAAGCCCGCCCCAGGAAGCUGGAGUGUGUGAGGGGGCUCUGUCCUCGGGGGCUGGCUUCUACAGCCACUCGGGCUGUUAUAACAGAAUACCACAGAUCGAUGACUCAUGAACAACAGAAAUUUAUCUCUCAUGGUUCCGGAGGCUGGAAGUCCAUGAUCAAGGUGCCAGCAGAUUUAGGGUCUGGCAGAGACCACCUCCUGGUUUGUAGAUGGCCAUACUCUCACUGUGCCCUCACAUGGCAGGAAGGGGGGGGUGUCACUUUUAUAAAGUCACAAAUCCCAUCCAUGAGGGCUCCAUCCUGAAGAACUAAACACCUUCCAAAGGCUGCCACCUCCUAAUUAUCGUCGCACUGGGGGUUAAGAAUUUCAACAUAGAAGUUUGGGGGAGACACAAAUAUUCAGUCUAUGGUAGCAUAGUAUGUUAUUUGCUAGCAAAACAUGGCCUGGUUCAAGUCCUAUGCCCUGUUUUGCUUCUGUAUUUUGUAUUUUUGUAUUUUGUACUUUCUCCCUAGAAACAAAACCAAUAGACUGUACAGUAGUCCCCCAUUAUCUGUGAAGGAUAUGUUCCAAGACCCUCAGUGGAUGCCUGAAACCACAGAUAGUACUAAACCUUAUAUAGAUUAUGCUCCCCCCCCCAAAUAUACAUACCUAUGAUAAAGUUUAAUUUAUAACUUAGGCACAGUUAAGAGGUUAACAACAGCAAUAAUAAAUAGAACAAUUAUAACAAUAUACUGUAAUAAAAGUUGUAUGAACGUGGUC